AGGAGACGGUAGCAUGUGGUGUAUGGCUUAUUGCGAGGGCUUUAUCCAUGGCUGAGCUGCAUUGUGGGGCUCUAUCGUUUUGAGCAGGGCCGGAGUGACCCCCAGCGGUCGACAAGCUUCGUGGACAUACAGAUCAGUCAGUGCGAAAUGGCCUGGUUAUGGUGCCUUGACCAGAUCCGGCUGGACCAGCUCAGAUCGGAUGCCCACGGGGAGCUUGAUGCCGGGAUGCAUUCGUUGAAGAUGGGCUCUUGGAGGUUUGUGGAAAAUGUGCGGAGCAGACCGGUCCUGGUUCUCACGAAACGUGGGGCCAACUGGAACUCCAACAUCUACAAGCGCAGAGAGUUACAGUCGAACUGCCGUGCUUCUACGUGACACAGUGCUGCAUGACGUGGACCAUUAGUGCGAAAAGCAGAGACAGGCGCAAGAAGCUGGCACGAAGGAAGAAGAUGGUGGUUAACAAGAGGGGCUAAAGUCUCG